AUGCGUUUCUCGCCCCUCGUUGUCCUUGCAGCCGGCGCUGCCAACGCACUCAUUGUUACCCGGGCUCCCAUUCCUGGAUAUGGAGUGGAGCAGAUCGAAUGGAGCGUCGAGGUUUUCCCCGGCGAAUUCCAGCUCUUCACUGGCACAGCUGAACAAGUCCAUGCUCAAGCCCUCUCCAUCAACCCCGACUUCAAGCCCCCUCGUGCCUCAGUGGCCAGGGGCUUGAAGGAGAAGCGUGGUCAUAUCGACUGCGACGGCAUGGAGCCUGCCGAUAAGGCCGCCAUCAGAGACGGUGCGGCUUACCUCCGCAACCUGCCCCCUGGACAUCCUACCAACGGUCCCGGUCCCAACAACUGCGGUCGCGUUAGUUGUUCUUACAACUCUGGGAUCUGGUGGUGCAAUGAUUCCACUUCUCAGAAGAGUAUCGACGGGUGGGACUGGAUUGCCAACAGCGCUCAACGCAUUACUGAAGUCUGUGACCCUGGCUCGAUCAAGACCUCUGGCCGUAACCAUGAGGAUGGAGACUGGAGCACCAUUGUCCGAGGAGACAGCUGCUGA